CUGCUCUCCUCAGUGAGUCAAGGCUGUCUGUCCCGGGAGGAAGAGCAGCGCCCGCGCAUGUGAUUUUUUUUUUGGCCCCACCAUCACCCCUUCAGCCGACCCCGGGGGACUUUAGCAGCAGCAGCAGGAGCCUCCAGCUCCCCUGCAGGGACUUGCCUCCUAGAGAAAGUUUGCUUUUAUUUUAUCCCCCCCCUUUUCUUGACCCCCCCCAACCCCUUACAGGCUCCUGCCCCUGCCAACUCCGCAGCUGGCUCGCGCCGGGGGCUUGGGUAGCGCGGGGCGGGCUGCGAGCGGCGCGUGUCCCACGGGGCUGGGCAGCGGGGGCUGCUCUGCGCUCAGCGAGCGGCUCCCGGCGGUGAGUCCCCGCGGGCUGUGUGAGCGGGGCAGCAGCGGGGCGCGUUUGCUGCCUGUGGGGCCGGGAAGCCGCCCACCCCCACCCGGGGCGCACACCGGUUGCACCUGAGCAGCUCUUUUCUCCCCCCCCCCAUUGCCACCGCAGCCCUUCCUCGGGGUCUGCCUGCGCAGCCGGGGGAGGGGGCCGAGAGUGACCAUGCGAGAGAGAGGGAAGGUUUAACCCCUUCGCCUCCCCCCCCCCACUCAUGAAUUAACUCCCGAGGGGGGGAGCAGCAGAGCCCGGGGACAGAAGGAGCCGGGCAUCCCUCGUCUGCCUCAGAGGCGAGCCAGCAGCAGCAGCAGCAGCACCCGGCUGGGAGCGAUGCCUCUGAGGCUCGGCUGGCUUUGGUGGGGAGGGCUGCUGUGCAGCUGCUGCUGCUCCCCGCCGCCGCCCGUGCUGCCCCUGCUGCCCGCCGGGGGGGCGCUGCUGGCGGACAGCAGCAGGGAGCAGCCGCAGCCUCCAGCCGCCUCCUCGCCGGGAUUCCUCUACCGGCGCCUCAAGUCGCACGAGAAGCGGGAGAUGCAGAAGGAGAUCCUGUCCGUGCUGGGGCUGCCGCACCGGCCCCGGCCGCUGCACGGGCUGCAGCCGCGGCCGCCUCCUCCCCAGCAGCAGCAGCAGCAGCAGCUGCCCCCGCCGGGCAGGCUCAACUCGGCUCCUCUCUUCAUGCUGGAUCUGUACAAUGCCCUGUCCAGCGAGGAGGAGCAGGAGCAGGGGCCGGGGGCAGAGCGCCGCCGCCUGCAGCCCCCCACCGCUCACACCCUGCAGCGCAAGACCCUCAUCCCCCAGCCGGGACCCAGUGGCGGCUCCCCCUCGGCCAGCUCGCAGGACAGCGCCUUCCUCAACGACGCGGACAUGGUCAUGAGCUUUGUGAACCUGAUUGAAUAUGACAAAGAGUUCACACCUCACCAACGACACCACAAAGAGUUCAAGUUUAACUUGUCCCAGAUCCCAGAGGGGGAGGCAGUUACUGCUGCGGAAUUCCGAAUCUACAAGGACUGUGUCAUGGGGAGUUUUAAAAAUCAAACCUUUCUUAUCAGCAUCUAUCAAGUCCUGCAAGAACAUCAGAACAGAGAUUCUGAUCUGUUUUUGCUGGAUACCAGAGCAGUGUGGGCCUCAGAAGAAGGUUGGCUGGAGUUUGACAUCACUGCCACCAGUAACAUGUGGGUGAUGAACCCUCAGCACAACAUGGGGCUCCAGCUGAGUGUGGUGACCAGGGAUGGUCUCAAUGUAAACCCUAGAGCAGCAGGCCUGAUAGGCCGAAAUGGCCCUUACGACAAGCAGCCUUUCAUGGUGGCCUUUUUCAAAGUGAGUGAGGUUCAUGUUCGGACCACUAGGUCAGCCACAAGCAGGCGCAGGCAGCAGAAUCGAAACCGCUCCACUCAGUCUCAAGAUGUUUCCAGGGUAUCUAGUGUUACAGAUUACAACAGCAGUGACCUAAAAACAGCUUGCCGAAAGCAUGAACUUUUCGUUAGCUUCCAAGAUUUGGGAUGGCAGGAUUGGAUAAUUGCACCAAAAGGCUAUGCAGCAAACUACUGUGAUGGAGAAUGUUCUUUCCCACUCAAUGCACACAUGAAUGCCACCAAUCAUGCCAUUGUACAAACUUUGGUUCAUCUUAUGAAUCCUGAAUACGUUCCCAAACCCUGUUGUGCACCUACCAAACUAAAUGCCAUAUCAGUUCUUUACUUUGAUGAUAACUCCAAUGUCAUUUUGAAAAAAUAUAGGAAUAUGGUAGUAAGAGCGUGUGGAUGUCACUGAUGCACAUUCUUCAGCCAGACCUACUGUGCAAUUCUAACAUGAACUUCUAGAUUACACCUACCUGACCUUGGAGAAAGUCAACAAAUGCUCUUGAGAUGAAACAGACUUCUAAAACACAAUGUGUGCGCCUUAUGAGAGGAAGUAGCAGGGUACUUCUUCAUUGAUGUGUACUCACUUUGUUCCUUUUUAAAUCCAGCACCUGUUCCCAUUACAAACUGAUCUACAGCAUGGCAGCCUUUCUGAUCUGCAAAAACAUGAACUGCAAGGCUCGCAAAAAUGAAAUCAGUCCCUACAAAUUUUGUUAGCUUCGAUCAUUCCCUGUAUGGUAUUAAACUCCCCUGAGAGUAGCAGAAACUUAAAACAGGAGCUUGACCUCGUCAGUUGGUCAGUCUGCACUUCAGUUUUACCAAACCAGCAUCUGCUACAUAUAAGCCUUGAAAAAGUGUCUCCUGCAGACAAAAGGCAAAGCUGUAGUAGUAAAAUAUAGAAAUUAUGCUUUUAAUACCUUACCAUCAUGCAUUUUACGUUGGACAACCCCAACGUUAGGAAGUGCCUUCUAUUUAAAGAAUAGUUGCUACAUCAGUAUGAGUGGUUUCUUCCAGAAGCCAACCUGAUAAACAGCAACUUCAGUUGUGCCAAAGCAAGCCUUUGACCCUCUGCAUUCUCCAAACACAUAUGCUGAACCAUAGACUUGACUAGAUAUUUAACUGCACCAUGUAUUAGUUACAUAAGGACAAAGCCACUCCCUGCCUGGUUUUUUGAGAUGAAUGUUCCAACUAGGCAGUGAAUUUAUAAAUUUGUUCUUGUGCAGCUUCCCACUUUGUUUAGAUUCUAUAACUCCUGCACGAUGCAUCAACUAAGCCUGUUCUGUUUUAUUCCAAACAUUCUUUGCUUUUCAACUGUACCACCACAGAGGAGGCUGCAAUCAGGACAGUUCUACAACUGUAAGUUUAUACAUAAAUUUUGAAGCAGCUCCUGUGUUGGAGAGUGGGCACAUUCGUGAAGAUGCAGUUUAUGUAAAACUAUCUGGCCAAAAAGGAAAUUGCAUUUAAGAAGUUGGUUUAAAGGGUAUAUUCACAUUUUAGCCAUAGCUUCUAAUAGACUAGUUUUAUUCCCAAUGUUAAUAGUAACAAUGAAUUUUCUGAUCAAUGUUAAACUUGUAUUAAAUGCACUUACCUCUAACUCUUGCAUUUAAAAAAGCUUCUUGUAAAUACAAGCUAUAAUUUAUUGCAAUUGUCAUCAUUGUGCUGUAACAUUUAUAGAAAGACUGGGCUUUUUAAAAAAAAGUUUUUAUUUAGAAAGUCUCAGUGUAAACAAUUGUACUACUUUGAUUUUAUACAAGAAACUCAUGAGCCAAAGCUUGGGCUACUCAUGAGAUUGUGCUUCACAAGAGUUUUAAAAAACAUUAAUAAAGGCUUCCUUUAAGGCAGACGUCUAUACAGUUUAUCUAAUACAUCUGCCAUACAAUAUUUAGCCCUCAUUGUACACUUUCCAUGCUUACCCAGUUUUAGUUUGAACAGAACCUGUGGUCCUUGCCUGAAAGAGUAAGUUACUGAUGUAAAGAGAAUUUUCACUAUUACAUAUGGACACGAAACAACAACUUGACUUAGAGCAAAGUGCUGACUUAUGUAAUUCCCAGAGAUGUCAAUGAAUGAGGGCAGAAUUUAGCCCCUUAGAAGAAAAGAUACAACUACAUUAGCAAACUAACGGUGUCUGCAUUGUAAAUUCUUUGGCUUUAAUGUAUUAGAACACCUCACACAAUCAGGUCAUCAUUCAAGGCAACGAAGUGUAUGGUCCUCCCAUUCAAAGGUAGCAACAAGAACUGAACAGCAGUGGUACUGAAGAGGAGUUUUGCAUAUUAAGGAACAAGAAACACUUUUGAAGUAUCAGUCUGCUUAUUAAAUAAAUCAUGAGUUCAUCUGCUCCUGCUGAUUAAGUCAGAUGAGUGGUUCUAGCAGUAAACUGGGGCAAGAGAAAUAUGGUACAGAAAAUUAUUUGCAACCAGUUGUUUCUAAAGGUGUUAAUUAUUUUCCAAGAGAUGUCUACCUCUUUAAGUGGUUGUUAUGAUAACAUCCUCUCCUCUAGCAUUGAAGAGAAGUGUCCUGUUUGAACUGUUAUAAAAUCCCCCAUCUGCUAUGGCAUCAGUAAUAUUCAGGCACAUAGUAAAAGUACCAUUACUUUCAUUAUGGCUACAGCCUCCCAUGACUAGAGAAAUAUUAACAAGAAACAAGCCUGGUAUCUUCCAAAGGGGUGUGUUUUCUUUUUCAACCUCCCAUUUUUUGACCAGCUGCUAUAUUAAGACAGAGUUUUUAGCUUCAGUUGAAAAGGCAACAUUUAUUAGUACAGCUGUAGCUUGUACCUUUCUAGUAAUGGUGAGCACGUUGUAAGCUGUACUUUGGUAGCAAGCCUUUACCCAAAUUCAACCUGAAGACAAAAAUAGUUUACCCAGUCCCUUAACUUGAUUUUCCUCAUCUAUUUUAGGCUCAAAGGAAACCAUUUAUAUCUCCACAGGGGAAGGUAGAAAUGUAGUAAUACUGAUGCUGAAAAUACUCAAUUUGCACAGUAACUACUUGUUACCAGUUUUCCUUGACAAACAAUGAAAAAGUCAGUACGGUGUGGCUUUAAAACACACACACACACAAGGAAGAUACCACAAGUCAGUACAUUCAGUUUUCAAAAACAACAAAAAACCAACCCCACCUUUUGAAAAUCAAUAACAUUAACUUGAUUUAACUCUCCCCAUUAGUGUACAAGAACAGUCAGGGCAGAAGUAUCCAUGUGUGUUUUACAAUUCAUCCCUUGCCUGACGCAAAACAAACUUAUGCAGCGUUUCAAGAUCUCUGGCUCCAUUGUGUUCACUGACUUUCUCCCCUGCUCGGAAAAGCAACAGUGUUGGAUAACCGUUCAC